CGGGUCCACUUGGCGCUGGGAUCGCGGUGGGGUGGCUGUUUGGAAGUCACGUUCCUAGCAGUGGUGUGGUGUCUCUAGUUAUCAUUGUCGACAGAAGUUGGUUCAGAGCGCCUCAUCAAAUCAUACAAUAUGUUUGAAGCACGACUGACGAAGGGUGUUAUCUUCAAGAAGAUCCUUGAAGCCGUAAAGGACCUCCUCACUGAGGCAUCAUGGGACUGUGGCGAUAUGGGAAUUACGCUUCAAGCCAUGGACAAUGCUCACGUCUCGCUCGUAUCUUUGAAUUUGAGAUCAGAUGGAUUUGACAAGUAUCGGUGCGACAGGAAUCUGACCAUGGGCAUGAAUCUUGGCAGCAUGUCCAAGAUCCUGAAGUGUGCUGGCAAUGAGGACAUUGUCACAAUCCGGGCACAGGACAAUCCAGACACGGUCACAUUUGUCUUUGAGUCAGAAAAUGGGGAAAGGCAGUCUGACUAUGAAAUGAAGCUCAUGAAUUUGGAUCAGGAACAUCUGCAGAUUCCUGAGACUGAAUAUGCAUGUGUGGUGAAGAUGCCCGCUGGUGAAUUUGCUCGGAUCUGCCGAGACCUGAGCCAGUUUGGAGACUCCAUCGUGAUCAGCUGCAGCAAGCAGGGAGUCAAGUUCUCUGCAUCCGGAGACAUUGGCUCAGCAAAUGUCAAGCUGGCUCAGUCUUCAAAUGUGGACAAAGAAGAGGAGGCAGUGACCAUCGAGAUGCAGGAGCCAGUGUCGUUCACCUAUGCCUGUCGCUAUCUCAACUUCUUCACCAAAGCCACACCUCUCUCAACACAGGUGAAACUGUCCAUGUCGCCUGAGUACCCGCUCAUGGUCGAGUACACCAUCCAGGAGAUUGGCCACAUCCGGUACUUCCUGGCACCAAAGAUCGAGGACGACGACAACUGAGCUGUGUUGUCUGCCACGCGCCAUCCGCGUUUUGAACCGCGCUUCGAGAGCCAUUCCGGCGGGAACGCGAAGCCCCGCCCCCGCUGUGUCGCCGAAGCUGAUUCGUCUUCAUGUUGUGACGUGGCCUCUCAUAGGUGCUUGUUCUGCCGCCCGACCUUGUCCCGUUCUUGGAGUUCGAAACCUUGCUGGAUUUUUGCGCAACCACGCACGUGCGUCUGUGAGGAGCUGCAAUACAGUUUUGUACGAAA